UUGUUGUUGCUGGCCGGGGAACAUGGCGGCUCGCUGGAGCAGCGAGAAUGUGGUGGUGGAGGUCAGGGACUCGCAGGCAACUGCAAUGUCUGUGAACUGCCAUGGCCAACUUGCAGUACUCUCUGGGCGCCGUUUCCUGUACGUCAUAAAUUUGGACGCACCUUCGGAAGUUCCGAGAAAGAUCGCGAGGCAGAGCAAAUGGGACAUCGGGGCAGUGCAAUGGAACCCACAUGAGUCCUCCUCUCACUACUUUGCAGCUUCAUGUAACCAGCGGGUGGACCUAUACAAAUGGCAGGAUGGAAGCGGUGAGAUCCAUACAUCUUUACAGGGUCAUACACGUGUCAUAAGUGACCUGGAGUGGUCGUGGUUUGAUCCUGAACUUCUCGUGACAAGCUCUGUUGACACUUACAUCUAUGUUUGGGACAUCAAGGACACACGGAAGCCGUCUGUCUCAUUAUCAGCUGUUGCUGGAGCCUCUCAGGUGAAAUGGAACAAAAAGAACCCGUUCUGCUUGGCAACCAGCCACGACGGAGACGUCCGGAUAUGGGACAAGCGGAAACCUAACACAGCAAUGGAAUACAUAGCUGCUCAUUUAUCUAAAAUACACGGGCUGGAUUGGCACCCAGAGAACGAGCACAUCUUCGCUACCUCAAGCCAAGAUAAUUCUGUCAGGUUCUGGGAUUACCGACAGCCUCGGAAAUACCUGAAUAUUCUGUCUUGUCAAGUGCCAGUGUGGAAGGCUCGGUACACGCCGUUCAACAAUGGCCUGGUGACUGUGAUGGUGCCGCAGUUACGUCGAGGCGAGAACAGUCUCCUCCUCUGGAACGUUUUAGACCUCAAUGUGCCUGUUCAUACCUUUGUAGGACAUGAUGAUGUGGUGUUAGAAUUCCAGUGGAGAAAACAGCGAGAAGAGCUGAAGGAUUAUCAGCUGGUUACUUGGUCACGAGAUCAAACCCUGAGGAUGUGGCGGAUUGACGUGCAGCUACAGCGGCUCUGUGCAAAUGACAUGUUGGAUGGAGAUGAUUUAAUUGAUAGUGUUUCCAUGCUCCCAGAGACCGAUAAAGUACUUCAGUCCCAGGACACGGAGCCUCACCCGGCACUCAGCCAUGUAAAUGAAGAAGAGGAAGUACUGAGAGAAGACUUUCAGACCAAUCUUACCAUCGGCAUCAAACCCGAUUAUCUCGGACUGCCACAGACACUACAGCAAGAAUUCUCGUUGGUCAAUCUGCAGAUUCGCAAUGUCAUGGUUGAUGAGAUGGAUGCUGUCAAUCGAAAUUGCACAGUCUCGGUUCACUGUGGCAAUUUGCGAGUGAAGAUGGUUGUGAUGUUUCCAGUACAGUAUCCAAACAAUGCUGCUCCCUCCUUCCAGUUCAUCAAUCCCACCACUAUCAGCUCCAGCAUGAGGACCAAGCUCCUCAAGAUCCUGAAGGAUACAUCCCUCCAGAAGGUCAAGCGGAACCAGAGUUGCUUGGAGCCUUGUCUGCGCCAGUUGGUUUCCAGCCUGGAGGCCAUUGUGAAUCAGGACAACAGCGGCUCGACAAACUCCCAGAAUCUGUUUGUUCUCGGGAACUCAGUGACUCCACCGCUGCCAACGUUCCCACGCGUCUCCAACACGUACGGCUCCUACCAGGACUCCAACAUCCCCUUUCCUCGCACAUCUGGGGCGCGUUUCUGUGGAGCGGGUUAUCUUGUGUACUUCAUGAGGCCAAUGACUCUUCACCGGACAGUGUCUCCGACGGAGCCAACACCUAGGUCGCUGUCGGCACUCUCUGCCUAUCACAGUGGAGGAAUCACCCCCAUGAAGAUCCGCACGGAGUCACAGAGUAACUUGAGGUUGUAUAGCGGGAGCCCAACCCGCAGCGAGAAGGAGCCGGUCUCAAUCAGUUCCUUCUAUUACAAGGAGCGGAAAUCAAGACGGUGGAAAGGAAAGAGAGAAGGGACCGACUCAAAUAACCGACCGAUCAAAGCUGCAGGAAAGGUCAUCAUCCAGGACAUCUCCUGUCUCCUUCCUGUGCACAAGUCACUGGGAGAAAUGUACAUACUGAAUGUGAAUGAUAUCCAGGAUACCUGUCACAAGAACGCAGCAGCAGCGUUGUCAGUUGGACGACGAGACCUUGUACAGGUCUGGUCUCUGGCUGCUGUGGCCACGGACUCUUUCCUCAGUCCCCAUCCGGAUCCUGAUAUAGAGACGCCAUGGGCACGACACCCCUUUGGACGGCAACUCCUCGAGUCGCUCCUGACCCACUAUAGUGCGAUGCAUGAUGUUCAGACACUAGCCAUGCUGUGCAGUGUGUUUGAGGCACAGUCUAGGCCUCAGGACUUCUAUAGCAAUUCAGGUCAGAUGCUGUACCCCCGCACGUCUUCCUCCACUUCCUUCUUGCACUAUUCUGGCUAUGCGUCUUCAGGAUCCUAUUCAAGUACCUCCGAAACGAUGAUUAGUUCAACUGGAUGCAACAUAGGGAGUCGAGACUCUGAACACGUCGGCUCGUGGUGCGAGUCCUCGCCAGACGACUAUCGCUAUGGAAACCUGGGCUACGCAGACCCACGAGAACGGGAAAAGGAGCAGCAUGAAAAGAACAAAAAGCUGCUUGACCCAGCUAACAUGCUGCAAUACGAUGACUUCAAGAAAUGUUAUGGCGAGAUUCUCUAUCGUUGGGGUCUGAGAGAGAAGCGAGCAGAGGUGUUAAAGUUUGUUUCCUGUCCUCCAGACCCUCACAAAGGAAUUGAGUUCGGGGUGUACUGCUGCCAUUGCCGCAGUGAGGUCCGCGGGACACAAUGUGCCAUCUGCAAAGGCUUCACCUUCCAGUGUGCCAUCUGCCACGUGGCUGUGCGGGGAUGCAACUUCUGCCUGACCUGCGGGCACGGCGGUCACACCAGCCACAUGAUGGAGUGGUUCAGGACACAGGAAGUGUGCCCCACGGGCUGUGGCUGCCACUGCCUGCUUGAAAGCACCUUCUGAAAGUGCGCUGGCUGGUAAUCUGGAAUGUUCCAUUAGUUCUUCACCUGUGGGAAUUGACUUUAUUCCACUUACGGUGAGGAAUUGCUGCUCAGUGGGAGAUGUUUGACAAGUUUUGCUCCUGUUUGGAGGUGCACUGGGAAGAAAAUUCUUUAAAACUUUUGAAUCGUCUGAGCUCCGCUUUCAAGAGCCGAAGGAAACCAGGUUCACCUAUUCACGUACUGACCUACAAUGCAAUGAUUGAGGAUGGCCAAUUGAAUAGCAAAAACGUUUAUAAGUGCAGUUUUUAUACCAUCAACUAUCACUAGCUUUGUUUUGCAGUGUUAAUGGCAGUCGCUCUGCAUUUGCAAUGGUGCUUCUAUGAAUUUGCUGUGUACUGAGGAAAAUGUUUCUUCAUAUAAAGAGCAAGCACAAACUUGAAGUGAUCAGCCCACAUGCCCCCAGGGUAAGGCUGUGCUGGAGUUAGUAACUGAGGUCUUUGUUUACUAAUAUUACUUAUUCAGCAGUUUGCACAGUCACUGAUAAUGAUUUGCUGCUAACACCUUCCCUAAGCUGUUUGAGAUACAGCUCACUCAACCACCAUGAGAGGUAACGAAACUCGACAGUGGUGUUUAAUUGUCUGUUAACUGUAUUCAGUGUGUCCCGACUCCAUUGUCUAUAGUACUGCUGCCAACUUGAACAAGUUUCCAUUCUCUCAGCUGGAAAUCUGAGAAUGCUUAGUGGCUGCUUGACAAGCUAAGGUUUAAUUGAAUGUAGAAUUGGAGGGGAAGAUGUUUCAUCUGGUUCUGGAUUUACUCUUAUUUUCUUAGGAUUUUAAGAGCAACUAGUAAUUGGCAAAUUGUUGCAUUCAGUCUUAACUUAAGUUUUUCUGUAAUUAUUAAAAGUUUAGCAGCAAACUGGCUUCACACUUAAAACUGCAUUUAAGAAUUUGAAGUGUUAAGAAAAUAGAGUAAAUCUAAACCCAGGUGGAAUUUCUACCUGAGUGCCUUCUUGUGAAUUAACCAGUGAAUUAACCACUUUACUAGUUAUUUACUAGGAUUGAGUUUGGUGUUUCAUGCAGUGCAAAGUCUCAAUAACUUCAGUUUCUGAUUAAAGGUUGUGAUGGCUUUCACUGCACUAGAUCCUCAUACCUGGAAGGAACGCAGUGUCAGCCAGUGAUUCUGAGGAUUUAUGUUUCAUAUCUGUAUCUCAUGCUUGUUGCUGGGAGUCCUGGUUUUAGAGAAAGACCCUCAAAAAUUUCUCAGCGAACUAAAACCAGUGACUACAGCAGUCACGCAUUUGAGUUUUUACAUUCUUUAAUAGCGUUAACACCUUUAACCACAAGGCUGGUGAACUUCCGUUUCUGUGCUGUGGUGUCAUUCUGUGUGACUGACAAUGGCACUAAAUUUCAUUCAUUAAUGUCGGUAUUAGACUGAACAGGGGUAGUGACUGAGGCCAUUCAUCGUGUCCAAUUUUAACACUCUAUGGUCACGCAGCCCCAUUGGAGCACUGAUCAACUUAAGCAGUUAAGUUUCUAUAGUCCUAAUAUUGGAGAUUUACACACACUGUGUGUCCAUUCUGUUUAAACACGCUGGGGUUUUUGGCUCCUUCCCUUUGGGGAAGCUGUCAAGAUCUGUGCACAAGUGGGGUUGAGUGGAGGAAGUGCAGGUUCACAAUUACUUGCACUGUGAGGGUUAAAAAGAACUCAGAUUUGCAUGGUGUUUAAAAUAACAGGCCUAUUUAUACUGUCAAAUGGCGUGGGAAGAGAAACGUAGAGAAUCAGAUGUAAGAAGCUUGUUCCUUCUUUUUCGCCCUCCCCCUCACUGCUCUUCCCCCCCCCGCAACCAUCACACUUCUUCCCCCUCCACUCAUCUUCUCUCCCCCUGACAUUCCCCCAUGUUUUACUGCUCUUUGCCUGUUCCAUACUGACUUCUACCAAACUCACUUAAACUAAAAUAAGGUAAAAAAAAAUACAGUACUACUAAACAUCUGCUGGCACAGACAAUAUUUUUCCAUUGGAAUUUUUUUUCUUCUCUUGGAUGAGGAAGGGGAAGAGAGUCGAAUUUGGUUUGCCAAUAGAAAAACAGAACUGAGUAGAAGUGUGCUCAGUACAGUCAGGACAAUGAUCACUGUUUUAUUUUUGUCGAAAUAAUCGUGUCCCUGAUUGACCUUGGACUCAAGUCGGAGGCAGCUGUGUUUUAGAAUAUUCUCUGCUUUUAACUCUGCUUUGUACAGGAAGGGGGAUAGCAAACAAAUCUAUUCAUUUCAUUAAUUACACAAGUCUAAAAGGGAAUUCCUGGACUCGAGGAGACCGAAGGGAGGAUGAGAAGUGUUUUUCCACGCUUGUUCAUUACUCUUUGUUCCUCUGAUUGUAGCAGCUCUAAGUCAUUGAACUGUAGUGGCAGAAAGUGUGUCUGUAGUUUAUUCACUGACCAUCUGUUUUGAUUCAACUUGCCCACCAUUUAUAUAGAAGCUUAUAGAACAAGAUUUCUAUUACAUUGAAGCCCUGGCAUGGCUGAGUGAGCAGCAGGCCUAUUUCAGGGGAGUUACUGCAUUAACUAUGUUUUUAAGCUAAUUUCUAUAUUCAAUGAUCAUUUUGAUUCUGUUUAGAGUCUGUUACAGAACAAUUUGCGGGUCCUCAGCCCAUACAGCCUGUGUUACUCUCAACACUUGCACUCACCUACAGAAUCCUUUUGUGUUCAUUUAUACUGUACGUGUCUCGUUCAAUGCAAUGGUACGUAGUCCACGGAGUAAGAUCGAUUGCACUUCUUAGAUCUAAACUUCAUGCUAAAGGGAAGCCUUUCUCUCUCUCUUUGCAAACUCUGAUCCACAAGCAGCAGAAGUGUCUGUGAUGCACUGUUACUGGUGUCCUUUUCCAGACUGUACAAACCUAGAUGUAGCUCCACGUCAGUACAUCUGAGUACUACUGAGCCACAGAACUUACAAAACAAAACUACAUUAUGUAACUAAAGGUGUAAAUGGUGUAUAAAGCUGUGACUGUACAUACUCUUUAAAUGCUUCUACAAUUUCUUACUUAUUAAAAGAAACAAACUAUAAUAUC